UCAGCUAUCGAGACGUCGAUGUGGUCUGUCAGUUGUUUUUCGCCUGUGUGUUGUGAUAAUGUCAGGAAAUUGGCUUUGAGGAGUUUCGGAAUCAGCGAAAAUACGUACGUGUGAUUGUUUCGAGUGCAGUGUUCGCGGCAUAUCUAAUUCUUGUUGGCUGAGAUCUACAACGCAGGAAAAAUGUCCCUACCGGGCAAUGGGAUUUUCGUUGUCCGUGGCGAGAUGUCAACACUGAUGACAGCCAUGAAACGGGGAGCUCGUUGGAAUUCCACAUCAUAUCAUGAUGAGGAGCAAGACGGACUGACUAAACAGUUUGUCGAGUUGAAGCAGAUUCUGAAUCAGAUUGAAGAUCUCAAACUUAUCGAUCCAAGUGUUUUCCUCGGACCUUUCCUGGAUGUGAUUCGCACAGAGGAAACGACAGGGGCGAUAACAAGCCUGGCUCUAGCGGCCGUAAAUAAGUUUUUAUCAUAUGGACUUAUUGAUCCAACACAUCCCACCAUAGCUAUCACGGUAGAAAAUAUUGCUGAUGCUGUUACUCAUGCUCGCUUCUUGGGCACCGAUCAAGCGUCGGAUGCUGUUACAUUGAUGCGUGUUGUAGAAGUUAUGCACACGUUGAUGCGCAGCCCUGAAGGAAGUUCCUUAACCAAUGAGAGUGUUUGUGAAAUUAUGCUAAGUUGUUUUAAAAUUUGUUUCGAGCCGCGUCUUAAUGAGCUCUUACGUCGUACUGCUGAACAAGCUUUAAAAGAUAUGGUUCUUCUGCUCUUUAUGCGACUUCCACAAUUCUCCGAAGACCGACAUCCUUCAGGUCUUCUAAGAAAAUUUAAGAUGAUUGCUGGUUCUAUAGAGCACACAACGAAAAAACGUAAAUCGAAGUUGAUACAAAAGCAGAAUUUACGUAAAACAAGCAAUCCAAGGAUAAACACGAUAAAAGCUGAAGAGAAGUUGUUAACCGUUGAAAGCGGUGGUCCUCAGCCAGUGGAACAGGACCCUUCUAGCCCUAGUUUAUUAGGCCAAUCAUUAAAAGCUCCGCCAUUAGCUACAACUCCAGCUACUCCUGGAGGAAAUAUAGUUGACAUGCAGGGAAAAAUAACUCAGACUCCUACGACUGCUUUAAACGAAGAAGACCAGGAAGAAAGUGCGCCUAUAGAUUCGACCGAUGCCCCUGGGGAGUCUGUCAAGCGACUUGAACGUGAGGAGAGCACAGAGAAUGAUGCUGACAUUGAAGAUGAAUUGCAGAAUGACCAGAAAGAUGAAGAGAAACUUUCGAGUAAUGACGGAGAGUACAUUAAUUCGGUAGGAGUGCGAUUCACACAACAGAAUUCAGGGGAAAUUGACGGAGCAAAUUUGCUUCCAUAUGGAUUGCCUUGCAUUCAGGAGCUAUUUCGUUUCCUAAUACUGCUCUGUAAUCCGUUGGAUAAGCAAAACACAGAUGCAAUGAUUCACAUGGGUUUGGCGUUGCUCACAGUCGCUCUCGAAGUUGGUGCAGAUAAUAUUGGAAAAUAUGAUACAUUAUUGGCAUUAGUUAAGGAUGAUCUUUGUCGGAAUCUAUUCGCACUUCUAAAUUCCGAGAGAAUAACUAUCUUUGCAGCUGAUUUGCAGGUAUGCUUCCUGCUUUUUGAAUCUCUACGAUCACAUUUAAAAUGUCAGCUGGAAUUCUUUCUGGCAAAGUUGUCUGAAAUUAUUGGUAGCGAAAAUUCUCGUAUGCCAUAUGAAACGAAAGAAUUGGCUCUGGACAAUUUGUUGCAAUUGUGGCGAAUUCCAGGUUUCGUUAGUGAGCUUUAUAUUAACUAUGAUUGUGAUUUGUACUGUACGGAUGUCUUCGAGAAUAUAACGAAGCUCCUUUCGAAAACGACACUCUCGGCGACAAGUUCAGUAUACAGCAUCCAUAUCAUAUCACUAGAAACUUUACUUUCGGUUAUUGAAAGCUUAGAAAAGAACUAUCUUGCUGCGAAGACUGGAGAAAGUAUUCCGCCUCAGAAUACCAGUCGGCAUCAUUCGCGUAAUAAUUCAGGUGUCGAAAAAAUAACAAUUGAAUCAGACCUGAAUGCAAGCGGGGGUGAAAGUUCGGUAAUUGAAAACAUAAGCACGUUUAUGAAACACAAUAGUUUUGAAAACGCUCAAAUUGGUGCGAAUUCAAUUUCUAAAGAACAAUUGGCCGAACUGAAAAGUAAAAAACGAAUUUUAAUGCAAGGAACAGAAUUUUUCAAUCAAAGGCCUGAUAAGGGAAUCCAGUUCUUGCAAGAGAAUAAUAUUUUGAAUUCUGAGCUUGAUCCGAAAGAGGUGGCAUUGUUUCUGAGGGAGAAUUCAGGAUUGGAUAAGAAAAUGAUCGGCGAGUUUAUCAGCAAAAAGAAGAAUGUAGAGAAUAAAAUAUUAGAAAAUUUCGUCUCAUCCUUCGAUUUUGCGAACAUGCGAGUGGAUCAAGCAUUACGGCUGUAUCUAGAAACGUUCAGAUUGCCUGGAGAAGCACCGCUUAUAUUUUUAGUUAUGGAAUAUUUUGCAGAUCAUUGGCAUAAAUGUAACAAUGAACCAUUUGCCAACACCGAUGCUGCGUUCCGUCUGGCCUAUGCAAUUAUUAUGCUUAACAUGGAUCAACAUAACUACAAUGCGAAACGAAUGAAUAUACCCAUGACGGCUGAAGACUUCUGUAAAAAUUUGCGUGGUUUGAAUGGGAAUAAAGACUUCGAUCAGGACAUGCUUUUAGAAAUAUAUAAUGCUAUAAAGAAUGAAGAAAUUGUUAUGCCUGCCGAGCAGACUGGACUUGUACGAGAGAAUUAUUUAUGGAAAGUUUUAUUGAGACGUGGUGCUGGAAAAGAUGGUGUAUACCGCCACGUUAAUGACGUUCUAUACGACAAAGAGUUAUUUAAUAUUGUCUGGGGCCCUACUUUAACGGCCUUAAGCUUUAUGUUCGACAAAAGCAGUGAGAAUGGCUAUCAAAAAAUCUUGUCAGGAUUUUCGAAAUGUGCAGGUAUAUCAGCCUUCUAUAGCCUUAACGAAGAUUUUGACGCUCUAAUUCUCACGCUUUGUAAGUUUAGUACUUUACUUAGUGUUCAACCUGAGAUUAGCGAUCUUCAAAUUACGGUGGCCUUUGGAACAAAUGCCAAAGCACAGUUGGCAAUGAAAACGGUAUUUGGAUUAGUUCACGAAUUCGGCGACUGCAUGCGUGAAAGUUGGAAAAAUAUUUUAGAAGUAAUAGUUCAAUUAUUCCGUCUGAAGCUAUUACCUAAAACACUAAUGGAAGUUGAAGACUUUUGCGAACAGAGUGGAAAGACUGCUCUUCUCAUAUUGGAUAAGCCCAGUCAAAAGUCCGAAGCUGGUCUUUUCAGCAGUCUUUACUCGUAUUUGGCUUCAGAGGGACAACGUCAACCAACUUAUGAAGAGCAAGAGAUUAUAAAAGUGGCAAAGAAGUGCAUAAAAGAGUGUCAAAUUGACCAGAUCGUAUCAGAAUCGAAAUUCGUUCAGUUCGAGUCCUUGCAAGAGCUUAUUAAAGCUGUGCUAUUAUCUGUAAAAGCUCCAUCAUCACAUAAGUCAGUUGGAUUGCCUUACAAUGAGGAUGUCGUCGUUUUCCUUUUGGAAUUCUUAGUGAGAACCGUAAUUCAGAAUCGUGAUAGGAUGAUACCUCUAUGGAAUUCUGUACGUGAUGAGAUCUACCUUCUUUUGAUGGGUGGAGCACAGUGCGGAUAUGAUUAUUUGCUCAAUAGAACGACAAUUGCACUGCUCAAAUUGGCUAUUUAUCUUAUGCGAAAUGAAGAAUUGUGUCCCAUAGUGCUUCAAAGUUUGAAGAUGCUGUUAAUGUUGAAACCAAACGUAAUUUAUAGGAUAUCAAAGCAGAUCUCCAUUGGCAUUUACGAGCUUUUGAAAACAAGUGCUCAAAAUAUUCACACCGAAGCAGAUUGGCAAAUAAUCUUUACAAUGCUUGAAUGCGUUGGGGCUGGAGCUGUUCCCCCUGAUUUCGACGAUGGGCCGCCCCUAGUUGGCACGAAAUCGGAUGGUGCCCUUAGUAGCGAAGAGGAUUCUGGUUUACCUGAUCGUGGCUAUACUUCUGAUUCGGAAGUUGUCAAUGCUAAGAACGACGGCAAGUCCACAGCGAACACACCUUUUGUUAGUCCAAGCAAUGAAAAUUGGAUUCUUGUUAACAAAGAUUCCGAUUCCGUGACAACACGAUCCCAAUCACCCAUUGGAAAUGCUCUUAUCUAUCCGUGCAAAUUACUGGAUCAUGUGCCGUUUGCCUUGUUCAAAUGCUGGGAUAGCUUAGCUUUUAUCGUUCGUAAUGUGGCUCAUAUUACGCCAUAUAAUUUUGAGAUUUGCGUUCGUUGCAUCCGAACUUUUGUAGAGUGCUCUUUGAAUGGAGGCAUCAGAAUGAGGCGGAAAUUAGCGAUGGGAAAGCAAACUUCACGAAAGAAGGGAGCUAAGAAAGAUGCCUCUAAAGGUAAAAAGAAAGAUGAUAGCAGCGACAGUGAGGAUGAGGAGUUAACCCAACAAUAUGAAACUAUAGCUAUUCAGUUAUUGGAUUUAAUGUAUACGCUCUAUACAAGAACUGCUCAAAUAUUCAGAUGGUGGGCAGAAGAGAGCUGUAAUGUGCCACAAUGUUCGGCUUUGUGGGCACAAGGCUGGUGUCCUUUACUUCAGGGAAUUGCUCGUUUAGCUUUGGAUCGUCGGAGGGAAGUUCGGACUUACGCAAUUUCUUGUUUGCAGCAAAGGGCGCUUUUGGUGCAUGAUUUGCAAACUUUAUCCGGAACAGAAUGGGCUAGUUGCUUUAGGCAGGUUCUAUUCCCACUACUUAAUGAACUUCUCCCUGAAGCUUCCUCAUGUGGGAAUAUAGAUCAAAUGCUACUGGAAGAGUCACGCAUAAGAACUGCUACAAUAAUGUCAAAAGUAUUUCUGCAUCAUUUAACCCCGCUCAUCGAGCUACCCAAUUUCAACGAUUUGUGGCUUGAAAUUCUCGACUACAUCGAAAAGUUUAUGAAAGUCGGAUCAGAUAUGCUUUAUGAGCAAAUGCUAGAAAUUCUAAAGAAUAUGCUACUUGUCAUGCACUCAGUGCGAGUCUUCCACUGUCGGGACGGAUCAACUCAUUCUCCACUUUGGGAUGUUACAUGGAAACGGAUUGGUGAAUUCUUGCCAAAUUUACAGGAGGAAUUGUUCAAGAGCGAAGUAAAUCAUCCUUCAGUGGCUGAGCAACAUCAAAUAGGAACACCAUCAUUAGCAAACACUGCUGUGGGGACAGUAGCUGAGGGAGUUGAAAAAACAUUCCCCCCAACUAUACAUACUACCCAAUCGACACCAGCCUCUAUUGCAACAAUAUCAUCCGAUAUAAGUGCUGCACAGCUGCAGCAACCGUUGGGCUUGAGUAUAACACAAAGUUUAGUUGAUGUUAAGGAUACGAAGCAAAAUUUAACUUCAGCUACAAAUAGGGGCAGUAUUAUUUUACAACCUCCCAGCGAAGAAUUUAUCCCGAAGCCAUUGAUUUUAGGACAGUCGGCCUACCCGUCGCCUCAGCACAACGUCCCAAUUUUGAUUCCUCAAAAUAAUCUUUUGCAGCAAACAUUACCUACAACACCAAUAAGUUCUUUUCCAACCGCAGAGGCAUUUGGCGACCUGUCUAAACUUCAAACUUCAACUUCCGCCACACAUCCGAUUACUCCUCCUUCUUUAGAUCAACACACUUUUGUGUCCCCCUCCAUUCAGCAAAUGCCCAAUACCCACAAAGAUGGCAAGCUUCCUGAUAUUGUCACCGAUACAACACAGUCUGCAGGUUAUAAACGGAAUGAUGAUAACCAAACAGCCACCGAAGUAUACGGGGACAGUUCUAGUCGAGAUAAUGUAGGAGUAAAUCAGGCUCCCGCGCAAUUUCCUCCCCAAAUGUGGGCAUCCCCGGAAUUUUCAAAUAUUAUUGAGUUGCCAGAGACACCACCACCAACUGAAUAUACCGAUGGACAAUAUCAAGUUGUUGAAAAAUUGAACGACCAGACAAGUGAAACUGUAGAUAAUCGGUAUGAAGUCGCAUCCAAUAGUCGGCAUGAUACUGCUGCGCAGUUGUCUUCUAUAGGAAGUUCGCAAACUGCAGAUUCUCCACGAGUGCCAAUAAGCCAUUUAAUAGCUGGUAAUCAAUAUCCGAGUUUGAACAAAAUGCCACCGCCAAAUAUUGUGCAGAGUUUCGCUCCAAUGUUUGUUCAUUCCGAACCGACGCAAUCGGGAUUUGAAAUCUAUUCGGAAUAUGUCCAAAAUCCAUAUAAUUUGACUCUUUAUCAACCAGCAAAUUCGCUACCUGAUACAAGAAAUGAGCAAAGUACUCAAGAAGUCGGCAGUGAAGCGGCCAUCAACAUCAACGAAACGGCGGUAAAAAGCCAAUCGGCACAGCAACCUCACCCACAGCAAGCAGUAGGAGUGUCCCAAAUGUUCCAAUCAGCUAACUACUUUGGCGGCGUCGAUCAAAGCGUAAUACCACCUGGUUCCGAAGUAUUAUUCGGACGGCCUUAACAUGUUCAUAGUUCAUAGCGACCCUAAUUACAAAUUUUUGGGAUUUAUCGAUAAAGUGAAUGGUGGAGAAAUAUUGUAUGUGGACAUUCCAGGAAACACGAGUGUACAAAGAAGCUUGAAGCAGAAGAUGGGUUGAUUUCAUUAACUGUACAUUAACAAAUAUAAAUGUAUUUUGUCAUGGGUUUUCAAAUUCAAUUGAUGGCAAGAAACAAAGAAUUAUAGAAAUAUUUUUUUUAAUUAGUGAUCUUUAAGAUGUCUUUUAGUUAUACAAAAGGAUUUAUGUAUUUUCCAACUUUUUUGUUAUCCGCUAUUAUAUUGUUUAAAAUGUUGUUUAGUUAAAAAACCAAUGUCUUAGUUAAUAAAUAAAUGCAUGUGUAAUAUUCUAAAAUUAUUUUUGCAUUCUCUCUGAAAUAUGAUGUUAGUUCCCAUGAGAAAAUUGGGUAACAGAAUGAAUGCGCAACAUUCUGGAUCGGGAUUACUUCGCCGGACGUAAAUGUUUAUGAAUGAUGUAUAUACACUU